AUGGAUGCUGGCAACAGGAAUGGCGAACGGUUGUAUCACGAAAUUGCAAAAUUCUACAACAAUGAAUUGAAUUCUGCACUGUCUUCCAUCCCUAUGUCUGACAUCAAUAUGCAGGAUAUGAUGGAACUCAACAACAUUGAUGAGGAUGACUGCGGUACAGACUAUGACAAGUUGAAUGCUACUGAUUGCCUCAAUUUGAAGAAGCACAUUGAUCACCAUUACAGGGUUGCUCAUGAAAGAAAAAAAAUGUCGGGCAACCACAGCGACUUCCACAACUUUGUGGGACAACGGCCAUUCUUGUAUCUAUAUCACCUGCUGAUGAAAGAAUCUUCAAAAGACACCAAGCAAGCCCCCCCCCCGCGAAGCACUCGCAGCAGCCUUUCUUCAUCUGGAAAAAGGAAGAGCCGCCCUGAGAAUGACUUAGGAGAUUCCAUGAGAAUGCUUGUCGAUUUGAAGAGAGCCGAAAUGGAAAAGAACUCAAAUGAUUACAGUUCAAAGCUUUGGAAAGUUGAGGAUGACUUAGAUAAGAACUUGGAGAAACGGACGGCAAAUAUGACCAAGACACUAAAACUCCAAGAACAAUUGAACCAAUGUUCAGAUGAGCACACUAAAGAACGUAUGAAACAUCUACUAUGUGAUCUGGAAAGGUCAGACAUCAUGUUGGGCAAGUCUUACCGCGUUGUGGAAAAGAAGAGGGACGACAUCCUUGAGGACGCAAGAAGUCCAGUGUCUUCUCCAAUCAAAAGGCUCGAGUUGCGUUUUGAGACAUCCGACGUUUCGGAUGAUGAAGAGGUAUAA